CAACGAUGAAUGGUAUCAAAUUUCUGUAUACAACCGAUAAACAAUAGCACAAUGCGCUAUAGAAAUAUGUUAUUAACAUGCAGGUUGUCUUUAAAACCAGACAUUUACGGCAAGGUCGAAAUCGUCAUUGAUGUAGGUAGAAUUUCCUUUUAGCCAACGUAACUAGACCUAUGCCUCCCCCCCGCGAGCAACAAAUUUAAGCGUAAAGAGGAUCGUUCGUAAGAAGUGCAACGGUUCUUUAUAAAAUUGCGUGAAACGUGGAAUACCGUGCGAGUUUUCAUAUAAGCGCAGAACGGGGUAUGCGCCGCUUGUGACAUAAGAACGGUUUUUAAUUUGAAAUUUUAUUUUUUUAAGUUCCGAUUCAUCCAGUGUUUUGUGUUACCUGCCAGUGAUUUUAAUGAAGUUGCCUUUUGGAAUUGUGGUUGAAUGAUUCGUUGCCAUGAGCCUGUCAAACAGCCGCAACCAGUUCUUGGCGUUCGAGUCACACAACCAAGAAAACAUUCAAUAUGAGAGAAAAGGAGGCAUCUUCGUCACCACUUGUGUCUGCGUCUCUUUCAUCCUCUGCGCGGUCUUAGUGGCGACCAUAGUCGGCGUAAUAGUGUACUUUAUUACAUACUUUAAGUUGUCACAAUCUGUCAGUACAAAUGACUUCUGGAACGAAGCUGAACCCUUCGGUCACAACGGACCACCGUCUCCCGACCUCCGCCUCCCCUCAGCCGUAGUCCCCAGCUUCUACCGCUUAAAACUGAGAAUGGACCUUGAUAACUCAAACUUUAAAGGAGAAGUCUACAUUACUAUAAAAGCUAAAAGCAAUGUUAAGGAAAUCAUCCUUCACUCAAAGGGCCUAAAUAUAAAUGAUAAAGCAAAGCUUACGGAACAAACUUAUGAGGAAAUUAAGAUGUUGCACAGGAGGAAACGGGAAGAACCUCAAGAACCUGCUAACGACACAAUAUCGGAGAACCCUACUACUGCGAAUACUCUAAAUGUAACAAUUAAAGAAGUUGAAACACAGAAACCCAAUGAAACUAUAGUACAAUCAAGCAACGAACGUAAUGAACCCACACAUAUUCAAUUAAACACAAAUGUAACAAACGAAACUGCCAACGACGCGCCAGCAAAUGAAACCACAACACCAACAGCGGAGAUUCCUAUUCCCAACAACACUGUUUACACUACAGUAACUAACAUGAACACCCAUGUGACUCACAGCAGUGCGAGAAACAUAGAGAUUACAUCUAUAACUCAAGGGUCCGGAGACCGGUUGAUUAUUAAAUUGGCUUCUACUUUGAAACCUGAUGUGGACUAUAUAUUGGAGCUGAAUUUUGAAGGGAAGAUCUCUGAUGCGAUGACUGGCUUCUAUAAGAGCACAUACACCAGCAGUGAUGGCCAAAUAAGGAGUCUAGGGGUGACACAAUUCGAGCCUACAUCAGCGCGCGCGGCUUUCCCGUGCUUCGACGAACCCGCCUUUAAAGCCAUGUUCGAGAUUAGUAUAGCGCACCCUAGUAAUUUGACAGCCCUGUCGAAUAUGAAGGUUUCCUCGCAAGAAGAUAUCCCCGACUCACCAGGCUGGAAAUGGACGCACUUCGAUCGCUCCGUCAACAUGUCGACAUACCUCGUCGCAUAUAUCGUGUCCGACUUCAAGUCCGUGGAAACUACUUAUAUUAGCAAGGACAACAUAACCAAACCCAUCCGCGUCUGGACGCGUCCAGAACUGAUCAACAAGGCGAGUUACGCGCUCACGAUCACGCCUAAACUACUGGAAUACUACGAAGAAGUGUUUGGACUGCCCUAUGUGCUGGAUAAACUGGAUCUGAUCGCUAUCCCGGAUUUCUCGAGCGGGGCUAUGGAGAACUGGGGACUUAUUACAUUCAGAGAAACCACGCUCCUUUUCGACCCCGAAGCAAGCGGUCCCCGCGACAAACAGAACGUGGCCAUCGACGUCGCGCACGAACUAGCGCACCAGUGGUUCGGCAACCUGGUCACCAUGACGUGGUGGACCGACCUCUGGCUGAACGAGGGGUUCGCCACUUACAUCGAGUACGUCGGCGUUGACCAUAUCGAACCCGAUUGGAACAUGUUCGAAUCCUUCUCCAUCGACAAGAUGGACCUCCUCCGCUCGGACUCCCUGAAGAAUACCUCCCCCGUCUCCAGGAAGGUCGUCGACGCCUCCGAGAUCUCGCAGAAGUUCGACGAGAUCUCGUACACGAAGGGGGCGAAUCUGAUUCGUAUGUUGAACCAUACAGUGUCGGAGGAACUGUUUCAUAAAGGACUGCUGAUCUAUUUAAAUCAAUGGACUUACUCAAACGCGGAAGAGAACGACCUCUGGGCAGCGAUGUCAACGGCGGUCAGGUCGGACUCGAACCUGCGACAGCUGUCGGUGGUGGACUUCAUGAACUCGUGGACCCGCCAGGCCGGAUAUCCGGUGGUUAAUGUCAACAGGAACUACGAGACGGGCGAUGUCAUGUUUGAACAGAAACUAUUCACAAGCUCCGAAGACCCCUACCAAGCCAUGAUCGACCAGCUCUGGCACAUCCCCAUCAGCUACACCUUGCCAAGCCAAGCCAGCCAGUCGGCCAAGCCACAGUCGGCCAAGCCACAGUCGGCCAAGCCAGAACUGUGGCUUAAGGAGCGCUCCGUCAUCGCCAACCUGCCCGUAGAUCGUGCGCAAGCGCUCUAUGUCAAUGUUGACGCCAUUGGCUACUAUCGAGUCAACUACGACACCAAAAACUGGGAGCUUCUGAGCGCAGCCCUGAAAUCCGGUCACUUCAAAUCACCAAUCACGAAAGCCCAACUCAUCGACGAUGCCUUCAACUUGGCCAAGUUUUCCCACGUGAACUAUAGUCAGGCGCUAGGGUUGACGACUUGCGUUAUCGAGGGCGAAGACUCGAAGGUUGUCUGGGAGUUGCUGCUUAAUAACAUGGGAUUUAUUAAGUAUAAUAUUAGGAGCACGUCUGGAUAUGUGUAUUUUCAGGACUACAUGAAAAUCCUACUCCAAAAGCAACUCGAACGCCUCAAUUUCGGCCUGAGUAAACCCAAGGACGAUAACGAAGCGUUCCUGAUAGAGAACCUCGUCAUGUGGGAGUGUGAGGUAGAGGCCCCUCGGUGCCUCAAGUGGGCCCAGGACGAGUUCACCAACUGGUCGACACAGGGCGACCUUAGCAACAACUCCAUACCCGUCUACCUCCGCUCGCUGGUGUACAACAUGGCGAUCAAGAAGGGCGGGCGGCGCGCCUUCGAAUUCUUCUGGGACGCUUUCCAAAACGCUACAGACCCUAAUGUGAAGACACUUAUUAUUAACAACCUGCCGUCUACUCGGGAUCCGGCUUUGAUCACAUUACUCCUGGAAAGAAGCCUAAACGACCUCCCCAACCAAUACGCGUCCACAGUGUGGGGCGUCGAACCAACAGUAGGCACCAGGAUCGCCCAAGACUUCUUAAUAAAUAACUUUGACGCGAUCUACAACAAAUUCACCAGCAUGGAUGAGUUCACGUUCCCUGGUAUACUAAACGGCGCAUUCGGAUUCAUCACCAGUGAUGAUGAACUUAAUAAGUUGAAAUCGUUUGCGCUGCAACACAAGAACAAGUUGCUGCCUGUGUCCCAGACGCUCCAGAAGAUGAUGGACACCGCUAAACUCAGGAUCGAGUGGAUGAAGCGACACGCGCCUACUGUCAACGCGUGGUUUAAGGACUACGUUACUAAUCAUAAAAAGUCAUUAUCAGAAGCUCCGACUACACCCACGCCAUCAACGACUACGGCCAGUGCAGGAAAUUCGACACAAACCAGUAUCGGUAACGAAAUCGGUACCGCGAACAGCAAUACCGGUAACGUAGAACUAAACGGUACCGCUACCACAACUAGUCCAGAAAUCUAAUAUAAAUAAAAUGAAAAUGUAGGUAUCUAAUAAAUACAUGUCAAAUUCACAUUCUGUCAAUAUCGACUUAAUAGUAUAAGUUAGACAGUUUGCUUGAUAUUUGACACUGUGUAGGAUAAGACGACAGAAAGGUAACCUUAUUUUCUAAAAUUUUUCAUAAACAUUGAAGUCAUAAUAAAAAAGAUUGGCUACGCAAAUAUGAGCUUUCCUACCGCGAAAUAAUGUAUAUUUUACAAACGACCGAAUUGACGAAUACCUACGAUUCAAGGUACCGUUAUUUUUUCGGUAUCAGUCAAAAGUACCGGUAUC